CUGGCCAGUGCACCUGCCGACCUACAGAGGAAGCCAGAGAGCUUUAAUCAAGUCCCCCAGCACGACCCUUUGGCUUCCCCCUCUACCCAGAACACCAGCAGCAGUAGAGACCCACAAAUGUCCCUGGCUCAACAGGCCCCCCAGCAUGACCCUGUGGCUUCCCCCUCCACCCAGAGUACCAGCAGCAGUGGUUCAGACCCAGAAACCUCCCUGGCUCAACAAGCACCCCAGCAUGACCCUGUGGCCUCCGCCUGCACCCAGAACACCAGCAGUAGUGGUGGUGAUCCAGAAACAUCCCAGGCUCAACAAGCGCCCCAGCAUGACCCUGUGGCCUGCCCCUCCACUCAGAGCACCAGCAGCAGUGGUGGAGACCCAGAAACGUCCCUGGCUCAACAAGCCUGCCAGUAUCAGCCUGUGGCCUUCUCCACCCAGAGCACCAGUAGCAGUGGUGGAGACCCAGAAAUGUCCCUGACACAGCAACAACCAUCCCAGGAAGCCAGCGUCAUCCAUGCUGGGCAGCCUGAGGCUUUGACAUCAGUCUCGCCAACAAGAAGCUGGGGCUGCCACAGGGGUGCCAGGAGAUGCAUUUCCAUUCUAUUAAAAUAUUUUUGCUUGUGACCACCACAGAAAAGGAGGAAUUAGAUGACCCCAACAUAGUUGCAUGGCUGCAGACAAAAAUCAAGUUGGUGAGAUUGGUAUUAGCAUAGUCAGUAGAGUUAGAGUAGUUUUAUAGUCAGUGUAGUGAGGUGGCACCAUGCAGCAGGGAUCAGCCUCCACCACACCUGACCAGGAGCUCCAGAAUUGUAAAAUUCUGGACACCCUCGGCCGUGGCACAUUCAGUGAGGUCCAACUGGCCCAUCACUUGCUGACUGGGACCCAGGUGGUCAUCAAAAUCAUACCCAAGGCUAGCUCCCUGGGCAUCACUCUAGAGAGAGAAGUAUUUUGAAGUCCCCCUGCCACGUCAGUAUUGUACACUUAUAUCAACAGAUUGACACCUCUGUCAUGAGUUAGUUAUUUAGUAACAGAGUAUGCAAGAGGAGGAGACCUGCACAACUGAUACACCGCCACGGCCUCAUGAGGGAGAAGGCCUGGACCAUGUUCAGGCCGAUUCUGUUGGCCAUGUAAUACGGCCAUAGCAAAUAAAUUUCACAUGGAGAGAGACCUGAACCCGGAAAUCAUCGUCCUUGAUGAGGACGGUAACAUUAAGAUCAUGGACUUUGGCUUUGGUACCACAUUCCAUGAGGAACAGAAGCUGACAGCCCUUUGUGGCACCUACCCCUACAUGGCCCCGGAACUCUUCCUGGGCCAGGGCUACCGGUGCCCCGCCAUGGAUGUUUGGAGCCUCGGAGUAAUGUUAUAUCACAUGGUGGGUGAAGUUCUGCCCUUCUGCUCAUGCAGCGUUAGGGUCUUCACAGCAAAACAUUAAAAUGGAAGGUACUUUUCCCCAGUAUACUUUGCCUGAGGUCUCAGAAGCCUCAAUAAUAACUAUUAACAGUAGACCCCAGAGAGCAGACAGCACUCAAAGUUAUGAGGGACCUGUGGGUGAACAGUGGCCAGGAGUCGCCUCUGACAACAUAUGAAGAACAAAUCCUGGACCACCUGAAUCCCAAAACAAUCCAGCUCUUGGUGGCCAUGGGAUUCCAGGCUGAGAACAUCUCCGUGGCAAUCGAAGAAUUAUUCAGUUUUCCCAUAGCCUCCUACUACCUUAUUUUGGAGCAAACAAAAUGAAAGAGGCAGUUUACUAUCCGACCACAGUCCUUUCCUUUUGGGGUUCCCAACUUUUUUUCUCUAUCCAUUGACGUUUUCACCUUUUUUCUCUUACUGAAGUGGGCUCAUAGCAUUCAGCAGAAGAGCCCCUUUCUGGCCAGUGCACCUGCCGGCCUGCAGAGGAAGCCAGAGAGCUUCAAUCAAGCCCCACAGCAUGACCCCGUGGCCUCUCUUUCUGCCCAGAGCACCAACAGCAGUGGUGGAGAACCAGAAACGUCCCUGGCUCAACAAGCUUCCCAGCGUGACCCUGUGGCCUUUCCCUCCACCCAGAGCACCAGCAGCAGUGAGGCAGAACCAAAAACCUCCUUGGUUCUCCGAUCCUUUUAGUAUGACCCUGUGGCCUCCUCCUCUAUCCAGAGCACCAGCAGCAGUGGUGGAGGCCCAGAAACCUUCCUGGCUCACCAAGCCCCCCAGCAUGACCCUGUGGCCUUCUUCACCCAGAGCACCAGUAGCAGUGGUGGAGACCCAGAAAUUUCCCUGAUGGCAACAACCAUUUCAGGAAGCCAGCGUUUUUCAAGCUGUACAGCUGAGGCUUUGACAUCAGUCUUGCCAAUAAGAAGGUGAGGCUGUCGGGAGAUGCAUUUCCAUUUGUUAAAAUGUUUUUGCCUGUGUCCACCACAGAAAAGGAGGAAUAAGAUGACCCCAACAUAGUUUCAUGGCUGAAGACAAAAAUCAAGUCGGUGGGGUCAUUAUUGUUAGCUUAGUCAGUACUGCUAGGGUAGUUUUAUAGUCAGUGUAGAGGUGGCACCUUGGAGAAGGGAUCGGCCUCCACCCCACUUGACCAGGAGCUCCAGAAUUGUAAAAUCCUGGACACCAUCGGUUGUGGCUCUUUCAGUGAGGUCCAACUAGCCCAUCCCUUGCUGAGUGGGACCCAAAUGGCCAUCAAAAUUAUCCCCAAGGCUAGCUCCCAUGGCAUCACUCUCCAGAGAGAGAUGAGUAUUUUGAAGUCUCUCCAUCCCUUCAAUAUUGUACAAAUAUAUCAACUGAUUGACACCCCCAACACCAAUUGUUUUAUUUAGUAACGGAGUGUGCAAGGGGAGGAGACCCGCACAACCAAUACACCGCCACGGCCUCACGAGGGAGAAGGAGGUCCGGACCAUGUUCAGGCAGGUUUGAUUCUGUCGGCCAUGCAGUACUGCCACAGCAAAAAAAAUUGCCCAUAGAGAGAGGCCUGAAGUCAGAAAACAUCGUACUCGAUGAGGACGAUAAUGUUAAGAUCGAAGACUUCAUCUUACCUACUAUAUUCAAUGAGGGACAGAGGCUGACAGCCCUUUGUGGCACCUACCCCUACAUGGCCUGAGAGCUGUUCCUGGUCCAGGGCUGCCAGUGCCCCACUAUGGAUGUUUGGAGCCUCAGAGUAAUGUUACGUCACAUGGUGGCCAAGGUUCCGCCCUUCCGCUCAGGCAGCCUUGCUGUCCUCACGGAAAAAAAUUAAAAUGGAAGAUAUUUUUCCCCAGUUACAUUUCUGGAGAUCUUAAAAGCCUUCAUAAAAAGCUAUUAACAGUAGACCCCAGGAAGCAGACCACACUAGAAGUUAUGAGGGACCCAUGGGUGAACAGUGGCUGGGAGUUGCCUCUGACAGCAUAUGAAGAAGAAAUCCUGGAACAUCCGAACCCCAAAAUAACCAGGCUUUUGGUGGCCAUGGGACUCCAGGCUGAGAACAUCUCCGUGGCAAUCAAAGAAAAACAAGUUAUCCCAUGGCCACCUACCUUAUUUUGGAACAAACAAAACGAUAGAAGCUGUCCACUAUCAGACCACAGACCCUUCUUCCUGGGGUUCACAAUUUUUUUCCUCUAUCCGUUGAAGUUUCCACCACCCUUCUCCCGCUGAAGUGGGCUCAUAGCAUUCAGCAGAAGAGCCCCUUUCUGCCCAGUGCACCUGCCAGCCUACAGAGGAAGCCAGAGAGCUUUAAUCAAGUCCCCAGCACGAUCCUUUGGCUUCCCCCUCCACCCAGAGCAGCAGCAGCAGUAGUGGAGACCCACAAAUGUCCCUGGCUCAACAGGCCCCUGCAUGACCCUGUGGCUUCCCCCUCCACGCAGAGCACCAGCAGCAGUGGUUCAGACCCAGAAACCUCCCUGGCUCAACAAGCGCCCCAGCAUGACCCUGUGGCCUCCGCCUCCACCCAGAACACCAGCAGCAGAGGUGGAGACCCAGAAACAUCCCAGGCUCAACCCGCCUAGCAUGACCCUGUGGCCUACCCCUCCAUGCAGAGCAUCAGCAAAAGUGGUGCAGACCCAGAAACCUCUCUGGCUCAACAAGCCUCCAAGCAUGACCCUGUGGCCUCCUCCUCCACCCAGAGCACCAGCGGCAGUGGUGGAGACCCAGAAACGUCCCAGGCUCAACAAGCCGCCCAGCAUGACCCUGUGGCCUACCCCUAUACCAGAGCAACAGCGGCAGUGGUGCAGACCCAGAAACCUCUGGCUCACCACCUCCCCAGCAACACCCUGUGGCCUUCUCCACCAAAAGCACCAGUAGCAGUGGCGGAGACCCAGAAAUAUCCCUGACACAGCAACAACCAUCCCAGGAAGCCAGUGUCAUUCAAGCUGGGCAGCCCAAGGCUUUGACUUCAGCCUUGCCAAUAAGAAGGCUGUGACUGCCGCAGGGCUGCCAGGAGAUGCACUUGCAUUCUAUUAAAAUGUUUUUGCCUGUGUCCACCACCGAAAAGGAGGAAUAAGAUGACCCCAACAUAGUUGCACGGCUGAAGACAAAAAUCAAGUCGGUGGGGUCAAUAUUGUUAGCAUAGUCACUAUACUUAGUUUUAUAGUCAGUGUAGACAGAUGGCACCAUGCAGCAGGGAUCAGCCUCCACCACACCUGACCAGGAGCUCCAGAACUGUAAAAUCCUGGACACCAUCGGCCGUGGCACAUUCAGUGAGGUCCAGGAUCACAUGCUGAUUGGGACCCAAAUGGCCAUCAAAAUCAUCCCCAAGGCUGGUUCCCCCGGCAUCACUCUCCAGAGAGUGAUAAGUAUUUUAAAGUCUGUCUGCCACUUCAAUAUUGUACAGUUGUAUCAAGUGAUUGACACCCCCGACACCAGUUAUUUAUUUAGUAACGGAGUAUGCAAGAGGAGGACAUCCACCCAACCGAUACACCACCAUGGCCUCACGAGGGAGAAGAAGGCCUAGACCACGUUCAGGCAGAUUCUGUCGGCCAUGCAGUAGUGCCAUAGCAAAUUGCGUGGAGACCUGAACCCAGAAAACAUCAUCCUUGAUGAGGACGGUAACGUUAAGAUCGCAGACUUCAGCUUCGGUACCACAUUCCAUGAUGGGCAGAAGCUGACAGCCCUUUGUGGCGCCUACCCCUACAUGGCCCCGGAACUUUUUCUAGGCCAGAGCUACCAAUGCGCCACCAUGGAUAUUCAGAGCCUCAGAGUAAUUUUAUACCACAUGGUGGCCGGGGUUCUGCCCUUCUGCUCAUGCAGCAUUAGGGUCCUCUCAGCAAAAAUUUAAAGUGGAAGCUAUUUUUCCCCAGUCUACUUUUCCUGAGGUCUUAAAAGCCUCAUUAAAAAACUAUUAACAGUAGACCCCAGGGAGCAGACCACACUAGAAGAAGUUAUGAGGGACCCGUGGGUGAACAGUGGUCAGGAGUUGCCUCUGACAACAUGAAAAACAAAUCCUGGACCACCUGAAUCCCAAAACAACCCAGCUUUUGGUGGCCAUGGGAUUCCAGGCUGAGAACCUAUCCGUGGCAAUCAAAAAUUAUUCAAUUAUCCCAUGGCCACCUACCUUGUUUUGGAACAAACAAAACGAAAGAAGUGGUCCACUGUCAGACCACAGACCCUUCCUCCUGGGGUUCCCAUUUGUUCUCUCUACAUUGAAGUUUCCACCUUCCCUCUUUCACUGAAGUGGGCUCAUAGCAUUCAGCAGAAGACUGUGGGUGCCAAGUCUGGGCAGGGCCUUUGCCCUUGGGAGUCCUGUUUUGGACCCAGCUCCACCACGUGGCCUUGGCCUCUUCUCUGCCCUGUCUGUGCUUGCAGCCAUGGUGCCCAGUCUGGCCCCACCAGGAGACACCAGAAUGACUGUCCACAUGUCUACUCCUUGGCACCUUCCCCGCACGGUGGGCAGAUGGGCAGGGAGGGGUGGGGAUCUGUGUAACCAUGGAAGGGAACGGCCCUCAGACCCAGAGGGUUUGGAGCCUGGGGUAUUGUCACCGACAGUGGCCUUAGCCUAGCUAGCACAGUUAGUGCUAUGCAUCACAGCAUAGCUUUUAGAAGUAGGAUUUGUAGUCAGUAUAGUCGGGAGGCACCAUGGAGCAGGGAUCACCCUCCACCUCACUUGACAAGGAGAUACAAAACUAUCAGUUCAUAGACACCAUCUGACAGGGAACUGGCUCAGCAUAGGCCAACUGGGACCCAGGUUGCCAUCUUGAAGACUUUCCAUCACCCAAAUAUCAUUCAGCUCUUCCAGGUGGUGAUGGAGUAAACCAGAGGAGGAGAGUCGCACCACCAGAUAUGCCACCAUGGCCACAUCGAGGAGGAAGAGGAGGCCCGGACCAUGUUCAGGCAGAUUCUGUCAGCCCUGCAGUACUGCCAGUUUAACAACAACAAAAAAAUCACACAUCCAGACCUAAAGCCACAAAACAUCCUAUUCAAAGAAGGAGGCAACAUACAUUGUGGACUUCAGCUUCAGUACAACAUACAGAGAGGGGCAGAUGCUGACAGCUUUUUGUGGCAUGUACCCCUACGUGGUCCCAGAAUGCUCCCUGGGCCAGGCGUGCCAGUGACCUGCCAGGGACAUACAAAGCCUCAGUGUCAUACUGUAUUCCAGGAAUACAGCAGGUAGAAGGGCCAGGGCUUUGCCCUUUUACUCAGGGAAGCCUCCAAACUUCAAGAAAAAAUUCUCACAGGAAGAUACCAUGCCCCACCACUUCUUGCCCUUCAACUUGACUCAUUAAAAAAUUACUAAUGCUGAACGCCAGGAAGCGUCCUUCACUGUAACUGAUGAAAAAUCCAUGGGUGAAAAGUAGCCAGAAGAUGCCACUGAUAUCAUACGAAGAGCCACUCCUGGACCACCCAAACCCCAAACAAUCCAGCUCAUGGUGGCCAUGGGAUUCCAGGCCAAGAACAUCUCUGUGGCAAUCGUAGAAAGAAAAUUCAACUAUCCCAUGGCCACCUACCUCAUUUUAGAGCACACAAAACAAAAGAGGAAGUGCUCCACCAUCAGAGAACUGUCCCUUCCUCCUGAGGUUCCCACUUGUCCUUCCCCAUCCACUGAACUUUCCACCUUCCCUCUCUCACCGAUGCAGGCUCAUAGGGAGCCAGCUUUUAACGUUCAGCCUCCCGAGGAAAGCCAGAUGUCAGGGCAGAAGACCGCCAUUCUUGCCAGUACACCUGCCAGCCUACAGAGGAAGCCAGAUCGGGAAAGCCAGGAAGUUUUAGUGAAGCCCCCAGCAUGACCCUAUUGUCUCCCCUUCCACCCAGAGCACCAGCAACAGUGGUGAAGUCUUAGAAAUGUCCCUGAUACACCAAAAACCAUCCCAGGAAGCCAGCAUCGUCCAAGCUGAGGAGCCUGAGGCUGUGACGUCAGCCUCCUCUGCAAGAAGCUGGGGCUGCUGCAGGGCUGCCAGGAGAUAGAUGCCUUUGCAUACUAUUAAAAUAUUUUUGCCUGUCUCCACCAAAGAAAAAGAGGAGUAAGAUCGCCCCAACAUAGUUGCAUGGCUGAAGACAAAAAUCAAGUCGUUGGGGUGGUCAGGCCACAAUUCCUGCAUUUCUUCUGUCUUUAUUGUAUUGUUUCAAUUGGCAGAUCAUGCUUGUAUUCAUUCACGGGGUACAAUGUGAGGAUUGGAUAAAUGUGUACGCUGUGGAAUGAGGAAAUCCUGCUACUUAGCAUCUCCACCACCUCAGAGAGACCAGUUCCACGUGAGGUCCCAGAAGUGUUGAUCUUAACAAGUUGACCCCAUAGAGGUAGCAAGUAGAUCGAUGGUGACCGGGGGUCAGAGAGCGGCAGAGGGAGGGAAUGGGGGGGUUGUCAGUUAAAGGACUAAAGUCUCAGGGAGGAGGAAGAGAUUUUGACAUCUAGUGCACAGCAGAGUGACCAGAGUUAAUGAGAUGUGUUGCAUUUUGCAAAACACCUGAGAGAGUCCAUGUCAAGUGUCUUUCUGCAUUUAGAUGGAGAGGACAAAGGCCCUGAGGUCCAAGAAUAUUGAAACCUGACAGUGGAUGCCAAUGGCUGUGGGGAGGAGCUGGGCGAGACGCCCAGGUUGUCGUCUGCCCAGCAACGUGGGAGCCUACAGCAGUUUCCUGCAAAGCUCUCUUUUAUCUUUUUAAAUAAAAAUUGUUACUGUUAAAUGA